GCGAGCAGCCGGGAGGGGGCGGGGGCAGAGGGCACUGUGACAGGAAGCGGCGCACACAAGUUGGCCAUUUCGGGGGCAAAAUAAGUUCUCCCUGGGAUUUGGAAAGGACAAAGCCAGCAAGCUACCUCUUUUGUGUCGGAUGAGGAGCACCAACCAUGAGAGCGAGCCCGGGUGCAGGCUCAGCCGCCGCCGCCGCCGCCACCUCGGUCAGCUCCAGUCCCUGCCCGGAGUUGUCGGUGCGAGGAAUUUGGUGACAGGCUCUGUUAGUCUGUUCCUCCCUUAUAUGAAGGACAGACCAAAGAUCCAGUCUGGAAAUGAGAGAGGAAGACUAGUGAGCGACAUUGGCUCCAUUCAUUGAUAUCUCCCAGAGGUGCAGAAACUGGAUUCAUGAAGAUGUUGACAAGACUCCAAGUUCUUACCUUAGCUUUGUUUUCAAAAGGAUUUUUACUCUCUUUAGCGGACCAUAACUUUCUGAGGAGGGAGAUUAAAAUAGAAGGUGACCUUGUUUUAGGGGGCCUAUUUCCUAUUAAUGAAAAAGGCACUGGAACUGAAGAAUGUGGGCGAAUCAAUGAAGACCGAGGGAUCCAACGCCUGGAAGCCAUGUUAUUUGCUAUUGAUGAAAUCAACAAAGACAACUACUUGCUACCAGGAGUGAAGUUGGGUGUUCACAUUUUGGAUACAUGCUCAAGGGACACCUAUGCAUUAGAGCAAUCACUGGAAUUUGUCAGGGCGUCUUUGACUAAAGUGGAUGAAGCUGAGUAUAUGUGUCCUGAUGGAUCCUAUGCCAUUCAAGAAAACAUCCCACUGCUCAUUGCAGGGGUCAUUGGCGGCUCUUACAGCAGUGUUUCCAUACAGGUGGCAAACCUGCUACGCCUCUUCCAGAUCCCUCAGAUAAGCUACGCGUCCACCAGCGCCAAACUCAGCGACAAGUCACGCUAUGAUUACUUUGCCAGGACGGUGCCCCCUGACUUCUACCAGGCCAAAGCCAUGGCCGAGAUCUUGCGUUUCUUCAACUGGACCUACGUGUCCACUGUGGCCUCCGAGGGCGACUAUGGGGAGACAGGAAUCGAGGCCUUCGAGCAGGAAGCCCGCCAGCGCAACAUCUGCAUCGCCACAGCCGAGAAGGUAGGUCGCUCCAACAUCCGCAAGUCCUAUGACAGCGUGAUCCGUGAGCUGCUGCAGAAGCCCAACGCGCGAGUCGUGGUCCUCUUCAUGCGCAGUGACGACUCGCGCGAGCUCAUCGCUGCAGCCAGCCGAGCCAACGCCUCCUUCACCUGGGUGGCCAGCGACGGCUGGGGCGCGCAGGAGAGCAUCAUCAAGGGCAGCGAGCACGUGGCCUACGGCGCCAUCACCCUGGAGCUGGCCUCGCAACCUGUCCGCCAAUUUGACCGCUACUUCCAGAGCCUCAACCCUUACAACAACCACCGCAACCCCUGGUUCCAGGACUUCUGGGAGCAGAAAUUCCAGUGCAGCCUCCAGAACAAGCGGAACCACCGGCGCGCUUGCGACAAGCACCUGGCUAUCGACAGCAACAACUAUGAGCAAGAAUCCAAGAUCAUGUUUGUAGUGAACGCGGUGUAUGCCAUGGCCCACGCCCUGCACAAAAUGCAGCGCACCCUCUGUCCCAACACCACCAAGCUUUGCGAUGCUAUGAAGAUCGUGGAUGGGAAGAAGCUGUACAGGGAUUACUUGCUGAAAAUCAACUUCACAGCUCCAUUCAUCCCAAAUAAAGGUGCAGAUAGCAUUGUCAAGUUUGACACUUUUGGAGAUGGAAUGGGACGAUACAACGUGUUCAAUUUCCAGUACGUGGGUGGCAAGUAUUCCUACCUGAAGGUUGGUCACUGGGCAGAAACCUUAUCACUAGAUGUUGAUUCUAUCCACUGGUCCCGGAACUCAAUCCCCACUUCCCAGUGCAGUGACCCCUGUGCCCCCAAUGAAAUGAAGAAUAUGCAACCAGGGGAUGUCUGCUGCUGGAUCUGCAUCCCCUGCGAGCCCUAUGAAUACCUGGCUGACGAGUUUACCUGUAUGGAUUGUGGCCUUGGGCAGUGGCCUACUGCUGACCUCUCUGGCUGCUUUGACCUUCCCGAGGACUACAUCAAGUGGGAAGAUGCCUGGGCCAUUGGUCCAGUCACCAUCGCCUGCCUGGGUUUUCUGUGUACAUGCAUGGUUGUGACUGUUUUUAUCAAGCACAACAACACACCCUUGGUCAAAGCAUCAGGCCGGGAGCUCUGCUACAUCUUGUUGUUUGGGGUUGGCCUGUCAUAUUGCAUGACAUUCUUCUUCAUUGCCAAGCCAUCACCAGUCAUCUGCACAUUGCGCCGACUGGGGCUGGGGACCUCCUUCGCUGUCUGUUACUCAGCCCUGCUGACCAAGACAAACUGCAUCGCCCGGAUCUUCGAUGGGGUAAAGAACGGCGCUCAGAGGCCAAAAUUCAUCAGCCCAAGUUCUCAGGUUUUCAUCUGCCUGGGUCUGAUACUGGUGCAAAUUGUGGUGGUGUCCGUGUGGCUCAUCCUGGAGGUUCCAGGCACCAGGCGGUACACCCUUCCAGAGAAACGGGAAACAGUUAUCUUAAAAUGCAAUGUGAAAGAUUCCAGCAUGUUGAUCUCCCUUACCUACGAUGUGAUCCUGGUGAUCUUAUGCACAGUGUAUGCCUUCAAAACGCGGAAGUGCCCAGAAAAUUUCAACGAAGCCAAGUUCAUUGGUUUUACCAUGUAUACCACUUGCAUCAUCUGGUUGGCCUUCCUCCCUAUAUUUUAUGUGACAUCAAGUGACUACAGAGUGCAGACAACAACCAUGUGCAUCUCUGUUAGCCUGAGUGGCUUCGUGGUCCUGGGCUGUUUGUUUGCACCCAAGGUGCACAUCAUCCUGUUCCAACCCCAGAAGAACGUGGUCACACACAGACUGCACCUCAACAGGUUCAGUGUCAGUGGAACUGGGACCACAUAUUCUCAGUCCUCUGCGAGCACGUAUGUCCCCACGGUGUGCAAUGGGCGGGAGGUCCUCGACUCCACCACCUCAUCUCUGUGAUUGUGAAUGCAGUUCAGUUCUCGUGUUUUUAGACUGUUAGAUGAAAGUGCUCACACGCAGCUCAGAAUAUGGAAACAGAGCAAAAGAACAACCGUAGUACCUUUUUUAGAACAGUACAAUAAAUUAUUUUUGAGGACUGUACAGUAUAUAGUGAUGUGUUAGAACUUUUCAGGCUGAUUUUAGUGCCCCUGUUAACGAUUAACGAUUCUCCAGAACAUGGAAAUAACCAUUGUUUACAGAGCUGAGCAGUGGUGACAGGGUCUGACAGGGUCAGUCUACUGAAAAAUAUGGUGGCAAUAUUAGGUAACUUUUUUUCCUAUGAAGUUUUUUGUAGGUCCUUGUUGUAACUAAUUUAGGAUGAAUUUCUAUGUUGUAUAUUAAAGUUACAUUAUGUGUAACAUUGUUUUUCUCAGCACAAAAUUAGAAGCGUCUGUAUUAAUGUGAAGCUAUUGAGAAUAAAGCCUUGAAGGUUUUCCAGCA